CACUUCUUCACUAAUGGCCACGCUUUGUUCCAACGUUUUAGUACUUCACAAAGAUCUUCUCUUCCUCCUCUGAAUUUCCACCGAACAAAUCACCAUGUCUUUAGCUCCGACUCCGAGCAGUAAUUUGUCUCUCUACUGUUCACCACCAUUAGCAAAAACAGUCCCAACAUUAAGACGGUACAAUAUUUUCGCAACAUCAUCUAGUUUCUUCCACAUCAACAAGUCUUUCUCAUUCAAGAGCAACGAUUCAUUUCUAAGGAAUUCAAGAUUUUUUUCGAAUACCCGAUUGGAGAAACCGUCGGUUUUGAUAGCGAGGGCGUCGGAAACGGAUGCCCAGACGGCGGAAAGCAAAGGCGGAGAAGGAGGAGGAGGAGAGGAGCAGUAUGAAGAGUAUGAGGUGGAAAUAGAGCAGCCUUAUGGCCUGAAAUUUGCCAAGGGAAGAGAUGGCGGGACUUAUAUUGAUGCCAUUGCGCCGGGGGGCUCGGCUGACGAGACUGGCAAGUUCACUGUUGGGGAUAGAGUGCUUGCCACCAGCGCUGUUUUUGGGGACGAAAUAUGGCCUGCAGCUGAAUAUGGGCGGACAAUGUACACCAUGCGUCAGAGAAUUGGCCCUCUACUCAUGAAAAUGCAGAAGAGAUACGGGAAGAAAGAUGAUGGGGGCGAAUUGACAGAGAAGGAGAUUAUCAGAGCUGAAAGAAAUGCAGGCUUUAUUAGCAAUAGAGUGAGAGAAAUCCAAAUGCAAAACUACCUGCGGAAAAAGGAACAGAAAGAACAGAGAGAAAAGGAUCUUAGAGAAGGGUUGCAGCUUUACAAGAAUGCCAAGUACGAGGAAGCCUUGGAGAAAUUUGAGUCUGUAUUGGGAUCCAGACCAGAUCUAAACGAAUCUUCUGUAGCGAGCUACAACGUCGCUUGCUGUUAUUCUAAACUUAAUCAGUUACAAGCUGGAAUCUCUGCUCUUGAGGAUGCCCUGAAAGCUGGAUUUGAAGACUUUAAGAGAAUUCGAACAGAUCCUGACCUCGCGAAUCUAAGAACAUCUGAGGAAUUUGAGCCUCUACUAAAACGAUUUGACGAGUCAUUCAUCAAUGAGAAUGCAAUCAAUGCAAUCAAGUCUCUAUUCGGAUUCAACAAGAAGUAGGAGCAAUAUGAAAUUCACUUCACACAUGCAUAAGGGACUGGAGUUGGUUUGCAUAUAUAUCAUCUCACUUAAAGCUGACAAAAAAAGGGUUGGCUGAGCCAUCCAGUUUUCACCUGUAUCAAUUUGUUGAUGGUCUUACCUAUGGGAGAGUUUUGGUGAAAUCUUAUAAAUGUAAUGUAAUAUUCAAAGUAUAA